CGCCUGCGCAGCAGCGGCGCAGCUCUGACUCCCGUGAACGCAGCAGUCAGAGUCGAGGACAUGGGACCGUGAAAGUAUGGCGGAUGCCGAGGAGCCGGAGAAGAAAAGAAGGCGAAUAGAGGACCUGACUGAGAAAAUGGCUGUUGAUGGUGGACACAGGGAUGCUGCUUGCGACUGGGACGGCCGCUGGAAUCAUGUGAGGAAGUUUCUGGAGAGGCCGGGCCCGUUCACCCAUCCCGACUUUGAGCCCAGCACUGAGUCUCUACAGUUUCUGUUGGAGACGUGCAAGAUUCUGGUCAUUGGAGCAGGAGGACUUGGAUGCGAACUUCUUAAAAAUCUGGCCCUAUCAGGGUUUCGUCUCAUUCAUGUGGUUGACAUGGACACGAUUGAUGUGUCGAACCUCAACAGGCAGUUCCUUUUCAGGCCCAAAGACGUCGGAAGACCAAAGGCAGAAAUAGCUGCUGACUUCAUCAACAGUCGUGUCCCAGGAUGCAAAGUAGUACCUCACUACAAAAAGAUCCAAGACUUUGACGAUUCUUUCUACAGGCAGUUCCACAUCAUUGUCUGUGGACUUGACUCCAUCAUUGCCAGACGCUGGAUGAAUGGGAUGCUGAUAUCCCUCCUGAGCUAUGAAGAUGGAGUCCUGGAUCCCAGUUCCAUCAUUCCUCUCAUUGAUGGAGGGACAGAGGGCUUUAAAGGAAAUGCCCGUGUCAUUCUGCCAGGCAUGACUGCGUGUAUCGACUGCACCUUGGAGCUGUACCCACCACAGAUAAACUUCCCCAUGUGCACCAUUGCAUCAAUGCCCAGGCUACCAGAACACUGCGUUGAAUAUGCCAGGAUCUUACAGUGGCCCAAGGAAAAGCCAUUUGGAGAAACGAGUUUAGAUGGAGACAAUCCAGAACACAUCCAGUGGGUGUUUGACAGAUCCCAAGAAAGAGCAGCAGAGUUUAACAUCACAGGAGUGACAUACAGACUCACACAAGGAGUUGUGAAGAGGAUCAUUCCUGCUGUGGCAUCCACUAAUGCCGUUAUCGCUGCUGCCUGUGCAACAGAAGUUUUUAAAAUUGCUACAAGCGCAUAUAUUCCUUUAAAUAAUUACUUGGUCUUUAAUGAUGUGGAUGGACUGUACACCUACACCUUUGAAGCCGAGCGAAAGGAAAAUUGUACAGCUUGCAGCCAAGUUCCUCAGGAUCUCCAGUUCCCUCCUUCUGCCAAACUACAGGAGAUUUUGGAGUACCUGACAGAAAAUGCUUCUCUACAAAUGAAAUCUCCUGCUAUCACCACAACUCUGGAAGGAAAGAACAAGACGCUGUAUCUGCAGUCGAUUAAAUCCAUCGAAGAACGCACCAGGCCCAAUCUCUGCAAAACUUUAAAAGAGCUGGGUUUGUCAGAUGGCCAGGAAAUAGCUGUCGCUGAUGUCACCACGCCACAGACAGUUCUCUUCAAGCUCAAUUUCACCGCUUGAUUAGCACUAAUGAAGCUGAAUGCAAAUUAGAUGUUUGGUCUCAAUGUUCCCGUGUUGUUGCUGUAGCACACUGAUAUAAUGUAAAUAAGAGGAGUAAUGCCUCACCUGGAAGAUAGCAUGUUGUAUGAACCUGGAAUCAUUUAAUAACAGUUUUUCUUUUUUUAACAACUAAGAUUGUUUACUUCUGUGUAUUUGUCCUGCGCUGACAUGCAAUAAUAGCCAUUUUCCUGUCAUUUGAGAAUCGAUAUUUGUUCUCUAAUAAACUUUUAUUAUCAUGAAA